GCUGAAUUUCUGCCCAUGCUGAAUCAAAGACGCGACUGACACCUCUUACCACUAACAAAGCCCUUGCCCACCCCUUGAACGUCUCACCUCGAAUCACGGCCCAGCAUUUUGCAGUGGCAUAACAGAACUCUGCUUAAGACUACCGCACUUAACCGCUUCGGUCGACCCGGGUGACCCCUCGGGAUGCAGACGACCUGCAGGUGACCUCGACUCUCACCCCUCCAUACUACUCAGCACCGAAUAAUCUCCUGCCUGCCCGCCCACUUACCACCCUACCGGUAGGCUGCGGCCGUCGCCAUGGUAGUCUGUAAGUUCUGGGAGGCAGGAAACUGCAGAUAUGGACAGAACUGCCGCUUCGAACAUCCGAACCGUAACCAGCCGGGUAGCCGAUUCGCGGCUUUUGGAGCCACCAGCGGAGGAGCCUUUGGGGGAUCUAGCAGCAAUGCUCCACCACAAUACAUCGUCUCGAAGGAGGGCAUACAGAAAGACCUGACUAGCGAGUUGCCGCAAUGGAUACUGUCCUCGUACGCGGGUGGGCGCGACACCCCCGAGCAGCUCUUUGGCGGGGCCAUACGCGAGCAGAGCUUCGAGGAAAUGAGGCUUCAUCAUGUGCUCGCCGAAGCUGCCGGCAACCCCCAACAAGCGAUCGCUCAAGCUCAGCAGCUCUGGCAGCAAGCCCAGCAGCAGAUCCAGACGACGCUCGGCAACCUUGAUGGUGCCGUGCAGUUCAUCCGUGCGGCCGAGAACAAGCACCCUAACCGAAUCGACAUUUGCAAGCAGAAAUCUCCGUCGGGGGGGACAGCCGGAGUGUUUACUAAAGGCAAAACCCAGACGUCUGCCUUUGCGCAACCCAAUCCCUUCCAGUCCGGCCCUGCCUCCGGUUCGCCCGCCGCCAAUCCUUUCUCUACCAACGCGCAGUCUUCAUCUUCUUUUGGCGCCGGCGCGGCCACGACCAGCCCCUUCGGCCAACCGUCCACCGCUCCCAGCGCGUUCGGUCAGCCGUCCACCACAGCGAGCGGGUUCGGCCAGCCGAGCGCCUUGGGUCAGAAACCCAAUCCGUUCGGUGCGCCGGCCUUUGGACAGCCGUCUCAGCCCACUUCAGCGUUUGCGAAACCGGCCGAGACCUCGCCCUUUGCGACGGCACCACCACCAUCAUCAUCAUCAUCCCAAAGCAAGCCCGCAUUCGGCCAGCCCGGGUUCGGCCAACCGGCAUUCGGUCAAUCAGGGUUUGGCAAGCCCGCCCAGGGCACUUCUCCCUUUGGUCAAGCUCAGACUGGCCAGACAGCGGCGACCGGUGGCUCGGCGUUUGGACAGCCCUCGGCGCUAGGCUCGCAGCCCAAGGGCUUCGGCGCCCCUGCCUUCGGCCAGCCCGCGCAACCUGCGCAGCCAAGCGCGUUCGGCCAGGCCGGCGCGUUGGGCCAGAAACCGAAUCCGUUCGCGGGCGGCUCGACCGGACCGAGCCCCUUUGCGGCCGCGGGCACUACCGCCGGCACCAGCACGACGAGCCCGUUCGGACAAGCCGCCCAGAAACCGUCUCCUUUCGGGGUGGCGCCCGCGCAACCAUCCGCGGCGGCGGCGAACCCUUUUGCCGCGGCAACGCAACCCGCUCCCGGCACCGCCAAUCCUUUCGCGUCGCAAACCAACACCGCGACUCAGCCUGUACAGCCCAACCCCUUCCAGCAGGCCACCCAAGCGCCUUCCCCCUUCGGCCAGCGGCCCGGUGGCGCAGCGGCGGGGGCGGCGGCACCGAAUCCGUUUAGCAGCAGCAAUGCUCCCGCAGCAGCAGCAGCAGCAGCAGCAGCAACAGCAUCGUCUGGAGGAGGCGGCAGUAACAACCCCUACCCCCCCGGGAGCGCGAAGAAGCACCCGGACGUGUCCGCGUACGCUAGCAAGAACAUGGCGGGCCAGCUGGCGCAGUGGAAGGGCAAGCCGGUGACGUACAGGGACGGGGUGCCGGGGCUCCGGGAGUUCGACGGGACGUGGAGGCGGAUCUGGUUCCCCGACGGCCCGCCGGCGUAUUACAGGGAUACGGAGCUGCCGGUGGAGGCGUAUGAUGAGAAGUCCAGGGCGCAGUGGAGGGCGUUUGAGCAGACGGGCAGGUUUGAGGGGGGGAUGCCGGAGCUGCCUCCUACGAGGGAGGUUUGCUUGUGGGACUUUUAGGAUCUGUCGAAAAAAAGGGUCGAUUGCAUGCGGAGAUGGGGAAGAGGCGAGAAUACCAACCACAUUUGGGAAAAGGUGGCGGGGAAAGCAGAGCUGAGUUGGUC